UGGGGGGCGCCCCUUGAGCCCAACGUGUCUCAGCCUCGGGGAGAGCCUCUACGGCUUUAACAAAUGUGGAUGAUGCGGGAGGUGGGAGAGGCUGUGCGCGUCCCUGCCGCACCGGGAGCGCGCGCGGACUCUCUUCAGUCUGCAGCCAGCCAGACGUGGGGGGAACAGACGCGGAAGGAAAAGCUGAAGCGGGACCUCAGGGCUAGGGAGGUCCCCAUACUUACCUGUCCCUUUCUCUGCCCCUCCCAGUCUUUUCCACAGCCAGCAACAGAUGUGGAAAGCGCCCUUGGGCACUGUCCUGGCUCGGAGACCUCAAGUCUGGAGAAGGGGCUGCAGCCCGAGGGCAGUGCGCGAAGAGUCAGCGAGCAGCGGCUUCCAUCCGCAGGAUCCGCGAUGGUGCCCCUGCGGGCUCUGUGGCUGGCCUGGGCUCUGCUAGGAGUGGCCGGAGCAUGCCCAGAGCCGUGCGCCUGCGUGGACAAGUACGCACACCAAUUCGCCGACUGCGCCUACAAGGAGUUGCGCGAGGUGCCGGAAGGACUGCCGGCCAACGUGACCACGCUGAGUCUGUCGGCCAACAAGAUCACCGUGCUGCGGCGCGGGGCCUUCGCCGACGUCACGCAAGUCACGUCGUUGUGGCUAGCGCACAAUGAGGUGCGCACGGUGGAGCCCGGCGCCCUGGCAGUGCUGAGCCAGCUCAAGAACCUCGACCUAAGCCACAACCUCAUAUCCAGCUUCCCGUGGAGCGACCUUCGUAACCUGAGUGCGCUGCAGCUGCUCAAAAUGAACCACAAUCGUUUGGGCUCACUGCCCCGGGAUGCGCUCGGUGCGCUGCCCGACCUGCGCUCCCUGCGCAUCAACAACAACCGGCUGCGUACCCUGGCUCCUGGCACCUUCGACGCGUUAAGCGCACUGUCCCAUCUGCAACUCUAUCACAACCCCUUCCACUGCGGUUGCAGCCUUGUGUGGCUGCAGGCCUGGGCCGCAAGCACCAGGGUCUCCUUACCAGAGCCCGACUCCAUUGCGUGUGCCUCGCCUCCCGCGCUGCAGGGGGUGCCGGUGCACCGCCUUCCCGCCCUGUCCUGUGUACCACCCAGCGUGCGUCUGAGUGCUGAGCCCCCGCCCGAGGCACCGGGCAGCCCCUUGCCCGCCGGCCUGGCGCUCAUGCUACACUGCGUAGCUGAAGGACAUCCCACACCCCGCCUGCAAUGGCAACUUCAGAUCCCGGGUGGCACCAUAGUCUUAGAGCCUCCCGUCCUGAGCGGGGAGGACAACGCAGAUGGGACCGAUGACGGGGAGGAGGAAGGAGAUGGGGAUGGGCCCACGCAGACGGAGGCCCCAACCCCGACUCCAGCACCCGCUUGGCCCGCGCCCCCAGCCAACCCACGUUUCCUGGCCCUCACAAACGGUUCCCUGUUGGUGCCCCUCCUGAGUGCCAAGGAAGCAGGCAUCUACACCUGCCGAGCCCACAAUGAGCUGGGGGCCAACUCCACCUCACUACGCGUGGCAGUGGCGGCUGCUGGGCCCCCAAAGCACGCUCCUGGCGCUGGGGGAGACUCUGAAGGGCAGGCCCCUACUUCUGAACGCAAGUCCACAGCUAAAGGCCGGGGCAACAGCGUUCUACCCUCCAAGCCCGAGGGCAAAAUCAAAGGCCAAGGCCUAGCCCGGGUUAGCAUCCUCGGGGAAACGGAGGCGGGGCCGGAGCAGGAGGAGGAGGAGGCAGGUGAGGGAGAGGAAGCAGAAGACCAGAUCUCUUCGGAUCCGGCGGAGGAGCAACGCUGUGGCCACGGGGACCCCUCGCGGCCCCUGAUCCCAUGGAGAAACGCAUCGCCGCUGACUUCGACCCACGUGCCUCCUACCUCGAGUCCGAGAAAAGCUACCAGGCAGGCGGCGAGGCAGACGUCGUGGAGCCAGAAGAGGCUCCUGGGGAGAGCCUCGACGAAGACGCGGAGCAAGGGGACCCAGGUGGGGACCUGCAGAGGGAGGAGAGUCUGGCGGCCUGCUCUUUGGUGGAGUCCCAGUCCAAGGCCAACCAAGAGGAGUUCGAGGCGGGCUCUGAGUACAGUGAUCGGCUGCCCCUGGGCGCCGAGGCAGUCAACAUCGCCCAGGAAAUUAAUGGCAAUUACAGGCAGACGGCAGGUUGAACCCCCAGCCCCACCGGCCUGCCCAUUCCCAUCCCCCACCUUGGGUGCCUGGGAGAAGAAGCCUAGGGCUGGCAGGAUGUACGCCCACCACCCCACCCGCAACCUUCGCUUACUCCGCCCCUUUACCAGCCCCGACCUUCAUUACUGGGGACUUCGAGAGGGGAGUUGGAUGACUGUACCAGUUCCCAGCCACCCAUUAUCAUCAUUGUCUUUGAGGGCUCAAUUCCCCUCCACGGCAAGCACAGUUACUCACUCUCCUCUCUCCCUAUAAUGCACCACCCGCUGACGGGGAAGCGGAAUCCAAGCCUCUCCAUUCCCACCCUAAUUGUUAUCUGCGAUAUCUGCUCUGCAGCCUACCCCCCACCCUAGGCUCUGGAACCAGAGGAAACAGAGGAGACCACGGAAAUAUCUGGUGGUAAUGCUAUGGCGUGGGGUCAGCCAGGGAUCCGCAGCAGAUGUCCCUUGCUGUAGGGUCCCACCUAGACCCCUACUCCAACAUUUCUGGGGUGCACGUCCCAGAAGCCAGGAAUCCGUGGCAACUCCCUAGUUUUAGUUUCAAAGUCCCCUUGCGACUGGGAAACAAACCCUUCUGUCCCCCACCCCCAAUCCGCUUCUAAUCAGCUGGAGCCAAGCCCGGUGCCUGGGGCGCCUUUCAGCUCCGCGCUCCGAUUUUCAUAUUUUCGUGUUUUGUUUUUGUUUUCCCUCAGACAGCGACGCUCCGGGUCCGGUGCUAACACCCCCUUCCCAGCCUCUGGGAAAAUUGGAUGUGUAUGAGGGGGUACAACAGGGAAUCCGUUUUCUCUCUCCGGCUCUCCUAGCUUAAAGCGCCGAGGAACCGCGCUCCCUUUUAACGCAGAGAGCGUGGGCUUGGUCCUGGGUGAAUUUCGUUGUGGGUGACUUGGGGUUUCCGGAGUUCAAGCACUCCACAGCUGGGGUUCAGCUGCUGCACGUGGCCCAGACCUCCGUUCGAGGUGCGCUGGGGGCAAAGGAAGCCUAGUGCGGACUCCCUGGGCCGGGUUUCACGCAAGGGCUUGCGCCCUGGUUCGCACAAAGCCUGCGCGUGACGGUGCGUCGGGAUCCGGAUGGAGAAAAGCCCCUGGGUCCUCGCGUCUCCCCGCCCCGCCCCUCCUUCCACGAGAACAGUAUUUGCCUGGCGUGUAGUCAUAGACGAGCGUGCUCUGUAGGAGAAGUCUGUGUUCUGUAAAGUGUGACCGUGUAGUGUAGGGGGGCGGGAGGGCAGGCAGGUGGGCGGGGAGGGAGGGGGCGGGAGGGUGGACACGGCGCGGCAACUGGGGCGGGGUCCUUUUUUUAUUCUUGAAGGUUAAACGUCGGGAUUGGGAUUGGGGGUGGAUUCGGUCGUCGGGACUUGCCCGUCCGCGAAGCGCAGCACAAGUGCGGCCCGGGGCGGAGUAGCUCCCCCUCCCCGGAGCCCGCGCCCUUUUCUAAAGGCGUCUGUAUGUAAACAGUCAAUAAAACAAUCG